UGACAAUCUUAAGACACAAGAGCGGACACAUUAGACAACAACUAGCACACAGUAUACCUAUUCACAACUUCAUAUACCUUUUGAUUAAAUUUCGAUUUCUAUAUCAAAGUGUGUCUACACAACGCUUACAUUACACACACACACAAUACAAUACAUUCCGUUUCACGCACUCAUCACAUUAGAGUACACCCCACACACUACAAUGGCUAAACGCAAAGUAAACAUGUUUGAGGAUGACCUCGUGGAUAGCAGCAGUGAUGAUUCUGGCAGUGAACCAGAGUCUGAAACGAAGACAAAGGGAACAAAUAGUACAGAUGUAAAUGAUAAUCUACCGCUCAAGGAGGCGAAGUUUGACUUUGAUACGUUGAAGAAACAUGGAUACACUGAGAGUGCGGUGCUGACGGAGACGCCCGAGUUCGGUACACUGCUGGAGAAAGAAAAGACCGAAAUACAAAUACAGGAACUGCGCGACGAGCGUGAACGUCAACGACUGGCAGCGCUAGCAGAAGAAGAGAAAGAAUUACAAGCCAUUGAAAACCAGAGGCAAGCGGAAGAGGACCAGUCAUCGGCGGAGCGAGAGGAGGCUAUAAAUAGAGCAGAGCGGGCUAAACAACGGGCCCAAGAACGGGCCGAUAAAAAAAGUGGACUACUGGCAGGUGCGGAAGGGGCGAAGAAAAGUGGACAAGUGGAUCAGGAGGAGAGGUUGAGUGGGAAGGAGAGGGUCAAGAGACAACGGUUGGCGGGACAGUCGGGGAUAGGGGAAGAUUUCAAGGGGUGGAAGAGCGAAGGAGAGAUGCUGCUUAGGCAACAAUUUGAUUGAAUGAAUAUUGCCUUUAUAUACUUGCAUUCAAGAUUAAAUACGCUCUUACAUCACAUAUAUAAUUGAAUAAUAAACACGUUCAUAUACACAUACUGCCGUCAGACCUGACUGCUGUAGGUAUGGUAAAUGGAGAUUAAGUUCUG